CACACAUGUCGCUUCCACAGUAUAACAACCGUUACAAUUACCACCGGCGUGGUGCUUGUUCGUCCUUCAUCCCCUUCUUCUUCCCUUGAAUCCAUCUUGUGCCAGUUCUGUGCUCCGAGCAUCUGCUGUUAUCCGAAAGGCCCUGGGGCCCAGGCUCGCUCGGACUGCCACUCCGCUCCUAUGCCCCGAAACCCAGAAACCCUGCGAAGAGUGGGCACCGUCACGAUUAUACCAUUCGACGUCUCCGUAUAGCGGAGGGAGCUAAAGUAUUGUAAGGGGUCCUUUGGCACUAGUAGUGGUGGUCUCCUUGGAGGCCCUCGAAGAACCUCCCUAUCGUCUUUCCCCAGGUCUCGAUCGCCGUCAGCAAUGUCCCGAAAUUCGAAGCCGUCGAGAAGUCCGAACGCUCCAAUGAUUGAUACUGAUCGUACAUCCGACCCAACUUCGAAUUCGAAGUCGCCGUCGAGCGGCCCAUCCUCACAGCACUCCUCCCUCUCCGCACCCCGCAAACACAAUCCAGAUGCACAUCCUAGGAGAAAGUUGCGGUCGCAGUACCCUCGUGGGGAAGGUGAGAAUCAUGUGGAGUAUAUUCUGGUGGCAUCAUUCGAUAUCGAUAAAGGACCGGUAAUGGAACAUCAAUAUCCUGUCGCAAUAACUGGAGACGAACAUAUGCUUGCGGAAUUGAUGUUGCCGGAUCAAGCACAUGUGCGGAAUCAAGACUGGACGAUAUUUUUUCUACAUAAGGAUACAAGUCAAGAAGACGAGGAAACAGAGGAAAAGGAGGAGAAACGAAAGAGACGUCAAAAGAGGAAGGAAAAGGCUGCAGGCAUCCUAAAAUCCGACGAUGAAAAUGGAACCGAAGAAGACGAGCCGGAAGCCGAAGAUUCAGAAGAUAGUGAACCCGAAGGGGGAGAGGGACCGCCGCUGAUAUACGUAUUGAAUCUUGUCAACACAAAGCAAGACAAAACUGCGAAAAGAGGGGCGGUAGUCAAGGCUAUGGCUAUAUGCACGCGGCACCCUUUCUUGCAUAUAUAUAAGCCAUUAUUAUUGCUAGCCCUUGAAGAAUAUUUUAAAUCGCCCCAUCCGGCAACGCUGGCGUUGCUAUACGAGGCUGUCAACAACAUGGACUUGUCCUUAAUGCCGAGGCUAACUCUCCUCGAAAGGCAUCUAUUGCAAGCUAGCGACAACAAGGACCUCUUUGUUGAAAAGUUUGAGCAGAUGAUUCAAAUUCGGAUGGCUGAGGACAGAGGCGAACCACCAGAGAGUGUUGCAGCUUUAGCUGAGAGCCCGGAAAGACGCGUGGAUCUGACUCGAAAUGGGACGAAAGCCCACGUCCAGGCCCAUUCAAUGUAUUCUGUGCCUCGAGACACCCAUGAAUUCGAGACCAAGGUUGUAUACAACGGAAUAGCCAUCCCGAUCAAAGUCCCUGUUGCGAUAUCCCCCGAGACGGUUGGAGACUUCUCCCUUAUUAAGCUCAUUCAAACUUUUGCGGAGCCCCAUGCGAAGUCGCCCCAGCCAUUCCCGCUACAUCCCCAUCUUACUACCGGAGGACCAUAUACACACCCUAUCAUUGUCUUGGCCAAUGCUAUGUUAACACAGAAGCGUGUCAUAUUCCUCGGUUACAACCGCCCAUCUGGUGAGGUUGCAGAAGCUGUACUUGCAGCAUGUGCGCUAGCUUCAGGAGGUAUUCUUCGAGGUUUCACUCGUCACGCUUUCCCAUAUACCGACCUCAGCAAGAUAGAUGACCUCUUGAAAGUUCCCGGAUUCAUUGCAGGGGUCACAAACCCAACCUUUGAGAAUCACCCUGAGUGGUGGGAUCUGCUGUGUGAUUUGCCUACAGGUCGCAUGAAGAUCAGUAGUCGGAUUGAGGGAGCGCCACUCACGGAGGGGCUAGCAAAUUUCCAACAGCAGAAUCCCGGAUACCCUGUAGGUGUGACAUCUUCGACUCAAAUAACGCACGACCCGACCGGUGAUGCAGCUUUUAUGAACGAUGUCCUUCGUAGUAUUGCUGCCCGCCAUGGCGAGGGUGCGAUCCGAGCAAAAUGGCGGGAUUGGGUUGUAAAGUUCACGCGAAUUGCUGCGGCUUUUGAAGAAAGCGUGUAUGGAGCAAGUGCCUUAUAUAUUGGGGUUGAAGAGGCGGAACCCGGUAAUGAGAGUGUCAGUGGUCAUGGGUAUGUCUGGAGUGACGAACCCUCCAAGCUGCGGGAGUUGGCUGGUGGUGUAAUGCGAAUUGAGGGCUGGAGAAACACGCGAAGUUACUACAGUUUCAAGCAGGACCUUGCCCAGCUGUAUAAUUUCCGACCUUUGAAGGCCCUUGAUCUUCACCACUUGCACGAUCGAUUGCGGAUGACGAAACUGACUCCAGUUGCUAGUCGAGAGAUCUACCUCGCUCUUUCAAAGUACACCCACACCUACGACGAAAUCUGCCAAUUGCUCACCGUUGCGCCUGAAUCCCACGCAGGUCUUUUCUAUGUAGCACUAGGCCUCUUCCACAGAGACAAGGAUGUAAGGUUUAAGGUGGUUGACCUACUAGAGAGAAUCAGUGAGCAUGAAGCCGGAAGGCAUUGGUGGAAAGCCUUAAGUCACUUCGAAAGGUUGGCAUACGUUAGGAUUAAGAGAGAAGCCGAAACAGAGAUGAGAAUCAAGAGAGAGAACGAUAGUUUCGGAAUUGGACUUGAUGAUAGGAGGAUCAGCUGAUUUGAGGAGGUUUGGGGCUGACUACGAAUUACGAGCUAUGACUGGUUGACCUUGGUUUUUGCUGUCCAACAAGGCUUAUAUAGAGAUACCCGCAAGGUUGGCAGAAGUAUAUUUAUUCAUUCACAUCACUAGGUAUAGGUUUAAGGACAGGGGUUUUAUUGCAUAAAUUUAUUGUAUGCUUUUUCUCUAUAGCUUUUGUCUCUGCGACAUAUCGCUU